CUUUAAUUAAUUAAAUAAAAUGCUUGGAUCAUACAAGAGAUAUUGGGAGCCAUCUCUUACAGAAGUUGUUGGUCUUUCAGUGCCAGUUGGUGCUAUUACCACUUUUCUUACUUAACCAUUAGGUAACAACUAUUUUAUUUACACACAGAAUUUGUUAAAACUAGAAUCUAAGUUAGAACAGAAGGAAUCGGAUUGAGAUAACUCAAAAAUGAAUUAGGAGUAAAUCCAUGGAGAAUAUUUAGAGAAAUUCAUGAAACUGGAGGUGGCUUGAGACAUUUCUAUUAUGGAUUUGACGCAGCAUUAUACAGUAGAUUGGGCUAUCUAUUUAUUAGAAACUUUUUGUAUCAAAUAUUUAAUCUUUUAGAUAUAAAGCAAUAUACGAUUAAGUUAAACCAGUUAAACCAUUCAAUGAUUUGACACUUAGAGAAAAGGCUGUUCUCUCUGGAUCUGUUGGAGCAUUUGCUGCUUUGGUUACAUCUCCAUUUGAAUUAGCAUAAGUUAGAAUGAUUGCAGAUGGUGGUCUUCCAUAAUCAAUUAGAAGAAAUUAUACCUCUGCUUUUGAUGCCAUCAAUAGAAUUCAAGUAGAAGAAGGUAAUCAUUUUAUACAAUUAUUCAAAUAGGAGGAAGCAGAGCAUUAUUCAGAGGAGCUUUUGCACAUGUUGUUAAAUUAGCAGCUUUGAACAUUUCCUUAACAGGACCAUAUGAUUACAUGAAGGAAAAAAUUUGGUUAGUUUUUGGAGAUUUUGGAUUCAAUCAUUUUCUUGCAUUAACAUGGGCUUCAUUUUGGGCUACACUUUUCACAUUACCAUUAGAUAAUGUUCAAACCAGAGUUCUCAAAGCUUUCCCAGAUCCAUCUAAAAACAGGUAAAACCAAAAUCUUUACGAUUUAGAUUAAAUUACUAAAAUUAUUUAGAUGUUUUCAAGCAAAUCUAUUUUUAUGAGAAAAUUCAUGGAUUCUAUGCAGGUGCUGUUCCUUACUAUGGCAAAAUGUUUUUAACUGCUUGGUUAACAUGCACUUUAGUCAAUGGAGUCAUGGAUAGUCAAAAGAGAGCUGCAGGAUUGGAAGAAUGGCAAAUUUGAUUAAUUUUAAAUCAAACACAAUUAUCA